UCUCCGGCGGGGGCCGCAGUCUCGCUAGAGCGGUCAUCACACCGCUACGUACGGCACGAACAUGGAUUCCAACUCCAACUCCUGCGAGCUGUCCUGGACGAAGAUAGAAGUGGACAUGGACAACGACAACCAGGUGAAGCGGGAACCGCGCUGGCAUUGGACCCAGGAGAACACUCUCAAACUGAUCGAGGCCUUCGAGAAGGAUUGCAAGGAGCUCUGGGACACCAAACACCCGCUGAACAGGGACAAGAACGCGCGGCACGCCAAGCACGAGUACCUGGCGAAUAUGUUCGAGACCACGAGCGACGAGAUCAGUAGAAAGUUACACAACUUGAGGACGCAGUUCAAUAACGAGCUGAGGAAGAUAAAACGCAAACAGGCGGGCGGGGAGGGGGAGAGGGGGAACAGCGGCUGGGAGUACUUCGACUCGCUGGCGUUCCUGAUGCGGGAACCCCUCGUCGACCCCCUCGACACCACCGUGGAAGGAGUUAAUCUCGCGUUAGCGGAGUUCCAAGCUGAUGAGGAGGUGGAAUUCGGUCUCGUCCGAGCUCGUGUGACCGGGUCUCCAGUGGUGAGGAAACCUGUCCAGAGAGUGGCAGCCUCUGCACCGCCGCCCCUACCACCCAGCGCUCACCCCAUGAUGUGGCCUGAACAACCCAAGCCCAGGAUCAGACCUGGAAUCAACGCUGAUGAAUGUCAGAUAUUCGGCGAUUUCGUUGCCUCUGAGCUCAGGACACUAAGAUCUGAUGCCUCACGUAAGAGGUUGAAGAGGAUCAUCCAGAAGGCGAUCCUGCAGAUAGGAGAGGAAGAAGACGUGAACAUAAUAAGCGGAUAGCGCCGGAACAGACUUGCAUCGGAGUCGAUCGUGCUAUUCGACUGAGAUGCAAGUUGUUUGAUAUCAGUGAAAGUGUAUUGAUAACGGACGUCACAUCUGUGGUGAGGACAUUCCUGUUUUAAGAUUAUAUUGUUAUUAAACAUAGUGAGAUAACUUUGUAUAUAGCACAUUUUAUGUAGUGUAGUGUAGUUAUUUAAACUAUUAUCGUACUAUUUUAUAUACGUAGUGUUGCCAACUACACGAUAUAAAUUUUAUAAACACACAGACCUGUACUGAGUCAGGAGGACGAUUUAAUUUUUGUAUCUCUGUCUCUUUCUGUCUUAUGUUAUAAUGUCGAAAGGAUUUAUCGCUAACGGUGUGUAUUGUAACAUGUGGUAAGAGGAUUACUUCAGCAUUAAAAAAAGUCAAGUAAUGUUUUCGCAUUUUAUGAUAAUAAAUAUAAUUUUUAAGACUUUAAUAAAUUACUAACAUUAUAUAAACUAUGUAUGAUAAAUAUUGAAAUUAUUGGAAAAAAUAUUGUAAUUAUACUUUAUAAAUACUAUGCGUAAUAUAUACCUACUUAGUAAUAUGUACUUAGUUAAUAUAUAAUAAUUUUGAUAGAUCUUUAAGAGUCAAUAUUUUAUCUUUUUUUAUGUAAAUACAUACAUCAAUAUAUCAAUAAACAAUUUACUUAUUUUUUGACGGCUUUUAAAAAAGAUUUUAAUCUCCAAUCGUUUGUUUACAAUUUUUAUCUCCAUUCGUUGGCGUGUUAAGGAACCUGUUUAGUAAUUUAUAAUUGUAUUAUAUUAAGGUACUAUAAUUGACUACGUCUUAUAUUCUUACCUAUUGUUUCUAUUUAUUGUAAUACAGUUUAAUAUAAAUAAAAUGUAUUCUGUGCCAAUGUAUUGGAAUAUUAAUAAAGGAGUUGUACGUA